GAUGUUAACGGCGACAAUGAAAGGUCUUGCUAAGUUUUUCUUGCGCGUCCAUGUAGAAUGGUGACCUUUAUUUAAAUUUGAGUAAGACCUGAUAAAGUCCAAGUCUUCCCUGUGGAUAGACCUAAUUGUCUGAAGAGUUGAAAUUUUAUGAGCAUUAAAAUGUAGAUACAAUAAAUUUUAUGAGCAUCGCUCAUUCAAUGAGCAUUCUCAAUAUUAUGCCUUGAAGAGUACUCAAUCUCCACGCUCUUUAGCACGAGAUUUUGAGUCUUCCUUGUUUGAACCUGGCCCUUCACUUUACUUUAAGGAUAUACUACCAUCCUAAGGUACUGUUAAAUGGAAGGAAAAUCUUCCCUUCCAGAAAGGAAGAACAUGAAAUUCUUUUUCCAUUUCCUUUCCGCAAGGACCAGGAGAUUGGAUCUAGCCGUAAGAAGAAUGCUUGAGAAAAGAGGAAGAAAGAAUGGAAGAGAAAGGAAAGAGCAAGAGAUAGAGGGAGAUCUAAAGUCAGCAAUGGCGAAAUCAGACACCGACAAACCGCUCAGAAAAAUCGCAGAAGCAUUCAUUGAACUGGCUGCCACCAUCAAUUCAGAGACCGCCGAUGUCGAGGUGGCGCCCUUCUCUCACGCCUGUUCUCUCGUCUCUCCUCUCAUUGGUUGCUUAGGAAUCGCCUUCAAGUUCGCCGAAAUGGAUUACGUCGCCAAGGUUGAUGAUCUUGCAGUGGCAUCAAAGUCGAUAAUGACAUUGCAAGCUUUGAUUGAUCAUGAUAUAGAAGGAAACUGUGUGCGGGAAGUUGGUAGUCACACUAGAUAUCUUUCGAGAGUGAAGCGUGGACUCGACGUGGUUAGGGUUCUUUUUGAGCAAAUUAUAGCUACAGAGGGUGAUUCCAUAAAAGAUCCAGUUUCCAAAGCUUAUGCACAAGUAUUGGCUCCCCAUCAUGGAUGGGCUAUAAGGAAAGCUGUUGCUGCAGGGAUGUAUGCCCUUCCAACCAAGGAACAACUAUUAAAAAAGCUCAAUGAAGAUGAGGCGUCAGCGAUUAUUCAAUUGCAGAAGUACAUUACUGCAUCUGCUUCAGUCAUUGCGUACAUCGACAAACUCUUCAUUUCACGAGAGUUGGGUAUAGAUUGGUAAAACAUGGAUUUUAUCUUGACAAACUCUUCUUUCAAGUGCAUUGGAUGUAGAUGGGUCAAAUAUGUAUUUCAUUUAUAUACUAAUAUUUACUGUGAUAAUCUUUUCUUACUUUAACACUGAAAUUAAACUUCAGCCUCGUA